AUGAAAUUAAUAUUUUGCUUGAUUUGGUCUUGCCUUUGGUGUGGUAUAUCUGCUCAUUUUAGAAGUUUCACAAGUUUAGUGGGCAUAGGAGAACCAAAUAGACGUCCAUCCUUAAUUGGUACUUCAUUAAGAGCCGCAACCUUGAACUUCAUCAUAGAGGAUUUUAUAGAACAGAAACUGGAUCAUUUUAAUCCUACUGACAACAGAACGUGGAAUCAGAGAUACCAAGCUCAUUCAGAACACCAUACAGCUGGUGGACCAAUAUUUUUGUUGUUGGGAGGAGAAGAAAAAAUCUCAAAAGCAUGGUUGAGAGAUGGGUCUAUGAUGGAAUACGCUGAAAAAUUUAAUGCCAUGUGUUUUCAAUUGGAACAUCGGUAUUAUGGAAAGAGCUAUCCCACUGAUAAUUUAAAUACUACAAAUUUAAAGUACUUGAGUAUUAAACAAGCAUUGGCUGAUGUGGCAGCGUUUAUAAAGACUAAAUCUAAAAAAUACCAAAACAGUAGAUGGGUAUUAUUUGGAGGAUCUUAUCCAGGAAGUUUAGCUGCCUGGGCAAGAAUUACAUAUCCACAUCUCGUAUAUGCAGCAGUUUCGUCGAGUAGUGUUAUAAAGACGAGAAUAGAUAAUAUAGAUUAUUUUAAGGUUGCCGAAAAAGCAUUAACAGAUUAUAAUCCAAAAUGUGUAUCCAAUAUAAGACAAGCAACUUUGAUGAUUAGCGAUUUGUUAGACACUGAAAAUGGAACAAGAUAUGUUCAAAGCAAAUUCAGAGCAUGCUAUCGUAUAAACCCAGAUGUUAAAAGAGAUGUAAGACAAUUGUUUCAACAAUUAUCUUUACCCAUUGCACGAACUAUACAAUACAAUAAAGACAACCGUUAUUACUCAAAUAUGGAAGCAGCGGAUUUAUCAAUAACAUCAUUAUGUGAUAUUAUGUUAGAUAGGUCAUUAGGAAACUCAUUUGAUCGAUAUGUAGCUUACCACAGAAAAAUAAGACAUGUAUUAAAAAGACAGUGUUCAUCGUAUUCGUACCAAUCAUCACUUAAGUCCAAUUCAGAAAUAUAUUGGCACCAAGGAUCACCACAAUCAGGAGAUCGACAAUGGUUUUACCAGCUCUGUACAGAGAUAGGCAAUUUUGUAACAUCCAAUGAAGAUGAUCACUUAUUUGGUAAUACCAUACCAAUUGACUUUUUUACCGAUUUGUGCACUGAUGUUUUUGGAGAGCAUUUUGAUUUAAAUAAAUUGAAAAAGGCAGUUCACAAGACAACUAUGUUGUACCAUGGCUUAAAAAACACAACAAGCCGAGUUAUUUAUUUACACGGAUCUUUCGACCCAUGGAACGGAUUAGGUCUUACUGAACCGAAAUCAGACGAUUCCAUAUCAAUAUUCAUUGACGGAGUAUCGCAUUGUGCAGAUCUAUAUACUUCUAGUUUGAAGGACCCGCCACAGUUAUCGGAAGCUCGUGAAACAGUUAUAUUUUAUUUAAACAAAUGGUUGACGGAAAAUUGA